AAAACAUAAAGGAAGUGAAGGAGCCGAGGCAUCGCAAAGACAACAGGCGCCCGGACCUGGAGAUUUACAAGCCUGGCCUCUCCCGGCUGAGGAGCAAACUUGCGCCACCAAAGCAAGAGGCCUUGGAGAAGGAGAGGAGCAGAGCUGAGGAGGGCAAGGAGGAGACUGCCAGUGACAAGGGCUCUUUGGGAGGAGAGGCUCCACUCGUGGAGGAUUUCGGGAAAGGUGAUGGCCCCAAGCAGAAUGGUCCUUCGCAGGAAAACGAAGAGAUGGAGACUAAAGGUGGUCUUCAGAGCCAGGAGAACUUGUCCAAGCAGCCUGCUCCGGAUGAGUGCGGUCCCAAGACCACCAGGAGAACCAAGAAGCCAGACCAGCAGAUCUACCAGCCUGGGAAACGCCUGCAUUCCGCUGCUAAAGAACCAUCCCUGCGGUCAGCUACUGAGGAAGUCACCAGUAAGAUGGAGCAGCUGAAAGUCGAGAGAGAUGAUGAAACCGAGAAAGGUACCAGAAAAGACAACAUGAAAACCAAAUCAAGCAAGGAGGAUAGAGGGGGGGGCCAGGGAGGGGAAGGAGUCAAAACCUCAAGGGGAGAAAAAGGAAGACGAAUAGAACGAAGCGACAGGAUAAGGAGAUCGAGCAACGAGGUGGCGCAGGGGAAGCUGGGCCCUACCAAGCGGUACUCCCACUCCGACAAGCGGCGGAGCCGGUACCGCACGUGCAGCACGAGCUCAGCCGGCAGCAACAACAGCAUAGACGGACCCCCGCUGGGGGACGGGGUGGAGAGGCGGCAGGAGCGUGCCAGAGAAAGAAUACGUCCUAGGAAGCAGCUCUCUGCGUCCUCCACUGACUCCUUGGAGGAUGACAGAGUCGAGGAGGCAGAAGCGUAUGUCUCCAGCAGGAACUCGGACAAGAAAAAGCGUUCAGAGCAGAGCCGAGCUUCUAGGAGUGAGAGUGACUGGAGCAGCAACGGCAGGGAAGCCAAGGGACCUUUUCGAGUCACGUUUGACAGCAAGACUAUGAGCAGGGAUAUCAGUCUGGCAGAUCCAGAUAAAAAAAAGCCCCUGAAGGCGUUUGUUAGCUGCAAUGACUCAGAGGCUUCGGAGGCGAGGAGCCAGAGCAGAGAGCCCCAAGGGAGGGGCCGUGGGAUUCUGUUCCUGCCUGCCAACACGGACCUCUCUGCCAGCACCGCGGGCUCCCCCGAACCCAGUCACCCUGGGCCCAGGCUUCUGCUCGGCGGGGCUGGGAGUAAAGGCCCCCGAAGCAGGGGCCGAGGCGGGACUGCUCGCCGGCUGUGGGACCCAAAUAACCCGGACCAAAAACCCGCCCUGAAGAGCCAGACGGCUCAGCUUCACUUUCUCGACACGGACGAUGAAGUGAGCCCUACCUCCUGGGGGGAAGCCCGCCAGGCCCAGACAUCCUACUAUAAGUUCCAAAACUCUGACAACCCCUACUAUUACCCUCGGGCCUCCGGUCAAGGCCCCCAGUAUCCUUAUGGUGGGUAUUCCCUGCAGUAUCCUAUGGGUCCAAGCAAUGGUGUGUACCCAGGAGCCUAUUACCCUGGGUACCCUGGCCAGGCAGGGCAGUACCUGUGUGGCCCGCUCCCCCCAACUCCUCUGAGUCCCGAGAUGGAGCAGCAGAUGCGGACCAUGCAGCAGCAGGAGCUCAGCAAGCUCCUCCGCGAGGCUGGAAACCAGGAGCAGCAGCUCAGCAAUCUGCUUUCCAGAGACCGCAUCAGCCCGGAGGGGCUGGAGAAGAUGGCUCAGCUGAGGGUGGAGAUGCUGCAGCUGUACGAACGGUGCAUCCUGAUGGAUAUCGAGUUCUCCGAUACCCAGAACGUGGACCAGCUGCUGUGGAAGAACGCGUUUUACCAGGUGAUUGAGAAAUUCCGGCAGCUCCUCAAGGACCCUCAGGGGGAAAAUGCCCAAGAAAUUCGGAACAAACUGCUCCAGCUCCUAGAUGAGGGCACGUCUUUUUUUGAUGGCCUCCUCCAAAAGCUGCAGGUGUCGUACCAGUUCAAGCUAGAGGACUAUAUGGAUGGGAUGGCCAUCCGCAGCAAGCCUCUGAGGAAAAUGGUGAAGUACGCGCUGAUCAGUGCUCAGAGGUGUAUGAUUUGUCAAGGGGAUAUUUGCCGAUACCGAGAGCAAGCAAACGACACCGCCAACUAUGGAAAGGCACGCAGCUGGUACCUGAAGGCUCAGCAAAUUGCUCCCAAAAACGGCCGGCCGUACAACCAGCUGGCGCUUCUGGCCAUCUACACGAGGAGAAAGCUGGAUGCUGUCUACUAUUACAUGCGCAGCCUGGCUGCUAGCAACCCCAUCCUCACAGCCAAGGAGAGCCUCAUGAGUCUGUUUGAAGAGACAAAACGCAAGGCUGAGCAGAUGGAGCAGAGGAAACAUCAGGUGCUGGAACUGAGCCCCAGCUGCCGGGGGAAGGGCAAGAAGUCCACAUUGCGACAAGUUGGAGAUGAUGCCACACGGCUGGAGAUCUGGAUCCAUCCCUCCCACCCCCGCUCCUCCCAGGGCCACGAGUCCGGCAGGGAUUCUGAGCAGGACAAUGGUCUUGGGAACCUCAGCCCCAGCGACCUGAACAAAAGGUUCAUCCUCAGUUUUCUCCAUGCCCAUGGGAAGCUGUUUACCAGGAUUGGGAUGGAGACUUUCCCUGCGGUGGCCGAGGAGGUCCUGAGGGAGUUCCAGGUCCUGCUGCAGCACAGCCCCCCUCCCAUCGGAAGCACCCGAAUGCUCCAGCUUGUGGCCAUCAACAUGUUUGCAGUGUACAACUCCCAGCCCAAAGAGUGCGUCUCUGAAGACUGCCGCUCUGUCAUCCAGGAACAGGCCACGGCCCUGGGGCUCUCCAUGUUUGCACUCUUGGUGAGGAGGUGCACCAACCUGCUGAGGGAAUGCGUGCAAGUUCAGCCACAAGAUGUGGAGCAGGAGGAUGAGGAGGACGACGACGACAUCAAGGUCUCUGCCUUGCCCCAGGACCUGAAGGAGCUGCUGCCCAGUGUGAAAGUCUGGUCAGACUGGAUGCUUGGCCACCCGGACACCUGGAAUCCUCCUCCAACCUCUCUUGAGCUCCCCAAACAGUACGUGAAUUCUCUGGGAGCCGCCGAGCCCUUGGCGACGGGCAGCCUCGAGAUGGAAUUUCUGAUUGGGUUCGCGCAGCCAGCGCUCGGCGCCUUCCCCGGGACGAGCUGCCUCCCCCUCCUGCGGGGCGCAGGGCUGCGUGUCCCCCCCGGGCUGCUGGAGCAG